AUGAUAGACGACGUGGCGGUCUUCGAGAAGGCUGCCAAGAAGUCGUGGCAGUCCUUCAGCACCAUGCGGCGCUUUGUGGACGAGGCUGUGCGUCUCGAGAACGCUAGUUGGCGUCUAUGGUUUGUGCAGGGCACACAUGGGCCUGCUGGCAACGAUUCAAGCGACGAGCCUGACGCGGAGGACUAUAGUGCCAUCACUGAUGGUCCGCGUCCACUUUGUGUCUACUGCGAGCUUCACCGUGCGAGUCUGAGCUGCAACGGCUGCUGCCAUGACGCCUACUGCGUCAGUUGCUUCAAGCUCAUCCACAAGAAAGGCAACUUAGCGACGCACACUGCGGUUAAGAUUCAAAUUCGGGAGUUAAAUCACGCCAGCGUUGUCUCCGCGACCUGCGAAGACGCUGACAUAUCCACAACAUCACACAGAUCGUCGCUUAAGAAGAAUGACAGCUUAGAGGGAGACGCCGAGUGCUCAACAGGCACGAGCUCUCCACACCAGAAAUCCGGCGAAACUUCCCUCUUCAACAAGCCGUGGGAACUGCAGAUGGACAUGUUACUCCAGCGCCUCAUGAUGAACAGCAUCCAGAGCGAGCUAGAUAUCAGUGUGCGUAACAUUGACCGAAGAGAAUCACUAGUCACUGCGGAUGCGAUUGGCAGUCUUCUGGAUGCUGACGACGUAGUGUCAUCGGGUAGCACGAGCGAGUCGGAUGAAGAAGAUACGAGACAGAAAUCCAACCAGGCCGUCGUGAUGGCUGCCGUAGCAGCUGCAGGUCGACACCGAGCACACUCCAUGUCGUUCGAGGAGAGUGGGAAGCGUUCUCCAGUGAUAACUCCCAUGGUGAUCCACCCGUCGCCUCCUGGUGUGGACGGAGGUCUGGACGAUCUCAAGCUGCCACCGACACUCUUCCCUAAGGGCUUACCACGAACUAACAGUCGUCGGAGGGACUCGCAGACGUGCGCGAACUGUAAUGGGAACCACAUUACAGUGGAGUGUCCGCUACUGGAGAGUGCGUUGAUGCCUCCGGCGACUACUCCGACACCUGGAGGAUCGGGCGUGGACACGGCCUUACGGAAGUGCUUUACGACGAUUCAUAACAACAACAUGGCGAACAGUACACACGCGUUCCUGGGUGACGAAGUGAGUGUCCGAGGAGGCAGUAACUUUGCCAACAUGAAGCAGUGGCCGUCCAGCAAUUCGUUGCAGCAAAUGGAUCGCCAGUCGCCGUUUGGGAUGAACGUGAUCGCAGAAGACAAUUCCAUGGCCAGUGAGGACCUCGCACCGGUAUUGGGACAGCUUACACCGCCGAAUGCAAGGGGAACUCCUCAUCAUUGGAACGCAGACUCGUGGUUACUGUCGUGUCUUGCCACUGAGCUGCCUUUCGACGUCUUUGAACAGCUACGUGGAGAGAGAAACGCGUUCUUGUCUGGCUCCGAGUCGUCUGCAAUGGCAAUUACUGGCUGGGUGCUUCUGAAGGUUCCGGGGAGUCAGUGGUGCAGACGCUACUUGUCGCUGUAUCGCAACAAUCUAUGGGAAUAUCUGGAUGCGAACGAUACUAGUCGACCGGUGGGGCAUGCGAAUGUAUACGAGGGAUCUGUGCAUUCUCAUCAACGCAGCACGACCGAGUAUGUGCUCAAGUACAAUACUCACUCGUCAGCAGUAUCUGGACGCAGCGAGUUGUGGCUGCAAUUCGACUCGAAGAAGGACGCGAGACGGUGGAAAGAAAUGCUGACGCGUGCGGUGGAGCUGCAGAUCGACGACUUGUUUGAUCUCACGCCGGACUCGCCGACUGGGACGUCUGCGAAAAACUUUGAGCUUGGCAAAGGACGCUUCUCGAUUGUACGCCGUGCACGUCGGAAAGAGAGCUGGGACGAUUCGUCAAGGUCGAAGGACUGUGCUCUGAAGAUCAUUGAGAAGAACAUCUUCUGGGACUUGGUGUCGCGUGACACAGAACGUGAAGACACCGUGGUGCGCGAGAUUUUGACGCAGAGUCUGUUGACGGUCCGCUCGGGCUCCUCAUACUGUCCGGUGAUUCGACUGCAGUCGCUGUUUGAAACGCGCGACCACCUGGUCAUGGAGCUGGAGCUCAUGAGGGAUGGAGAUCUACACGAAGAGAUUGCUACCAAGAGUGCGGUGGACGAGACGCGUGCUUCGUUCUUGGUUGCUAGUCUGGUCCGGGCGAUUGAUUACUGUCAGCGCAAUGGUGUUGCUCAUCGAGAUGUGAAGCUCUCGAAUCUCGCACUGGACUUUGAGUGCAGUGCGAGCGGCAAAGAGUUCGCUGUAAUCAAGGUUGCGGACUUCGGCAUGGCAGCAUUUAUCCAAAAGGAUGGGAUGCUGAAGGGCAGAUGCGGAACUCCUGGCUUCGUGGCUCCAGAGAUACUAUGUGCAGGCAAAGGUGAAGCGUAUCCAAGUGGAGUAGAUAUGUUCUCGGCUGGUGUGGUGGCGUACACGAUGCUGUGUGGCUACGAACCGUUCUUCGGUGUGAACGACGAUGAGCUUAUUCAGAUGAACAAACGGGUUGACUUUGAGUUCGAAGAACCGGAAUGGUCCAGUAUUUCAGAUGAUGCCAAGGAUAUGGUACGUGUCAUUGUCACUGGUUCGGACUGAGAAGGAUUUCAAGUUGUUUGACUUUUGUGGUGCUCAGAUUACUCUCAUGAUGGAGAAGGAUCCUUACAUACGGAUAACACCGAAGCAAGUACUGGAGCACCCUUUUCUUCGAGAUGCGAACGCGGCGCUGGAAGAUCUUUUCCAAGAACAAGUACCUAUUAACCGGACGCGAUUGAUAUGAUGGUCUGCGCUAGCGGACACGAGCUUGAAAGACUGUAUUCCAUCCUCAUUUUACUUCUUUA